CUAAAUUAGAAUAAACCGUUCGUGCAAAAAGAGGGAAAAGAAACUCUUUUUAAUAACAAGAACCAAUAUCAAAAACCUUGUUUCUUCGUCUUCUUCAUUUCUUCAUUAGCGUUUCGUUUCAUUCUUCUCCUUUAUAAAACCGACUCUUUGUUUUCACAUUCUUUGCAUCAAGAACAACAUGAAGAAGAAACUUGAUACUCGUUUCCCUGCUGCAAGGAUUAAGAAAAUUAUGCAAGCAGAUGAAGAUAUAGGGAAGAUUGCAAUGGCGGUGCCUCUUCUAGUUUCGAAAGCACUAGAACUAUUUCUGCAAGAUUUGUGUGAUAGGACAUAUGAUGUAACACUUAAGAGGGGAGCAAAGACUAUGAAUGCUUUUCAUUUAAAACAGUGCGUACAAACUUUUAAUGUUUUCGAUUUUCUGAAUGAUAUUGUGAGCAAGGUUCCUGAUUUAGGCGGUUCUGUUGCAACUGCCGACGACCAAACUGUCACUAAGAGGAGGAAAGUUGCUGAAGAUGAUGAUAAUGACAGCGACGAAGAGACCAAGAGAAAUAAAAUGCCAGAACCUGCACAUACCAGCGGAAGAGGAAGAGGUAGGGGUAGAGGUAGGGGUCGUGGCCGUGGUCGUGCAAAUAAAACUGUCGAUCAAGAGAUCUGUUCACAUGUCAAGUUUGAAGAUGAUUCUGAAGCAUUGAAGCAAAAUGGCAACCACACUCAAAGUAAUGAAAGCUCGGAAAAUGUGCCAGAACCCGAUGAAGUUAAGCCGAGUUCACCAGUUAGAGAACCUGAGGAAGUAAAGCAGAGUUCACCAGUCAGAAAACCCGCCGUCGUUCGAAAUUUCGAUUUAAAUUUGGAGCCAGACGAGAACAUGGAUUUCUCAUAUACGCCAACUCCCGUCCGAUCUUGUUCCCCUAGAAAACCAAUUUCUGAAGAGAAGAUUGAGGAAUACCCUGGAUGGUCCUUAUCUGAUAUGGAAAAAAUGGCCAUUGAUCCCAUACAACUAGCCAGCUUACAUAAUAGGAUUGAUGAAGAUAUGGAAGAUUAUGAUGAAGAAGUGUAGAUAAACUUGGUUUGGCAUAAUCAAUCAUUAGAAUGUUCUGAUGGAAAAUUAAAUUAAGAUUUUUUAGGAGCAAACAAGUAGUGUUAGACAAAUCCUUAGUGGUUAGAACUUAGAAGUAGCAGUGUAAUUUAGUUAUAGAAAUUAUAAUCUCAUGUAGGUAUUGACUAUGAUAGGCAUUCUAUUCAGAUUUUCUGGGAUGCCUACUUUAGGCAAUGCUCUACAAGUAUUUUCUGUAGAAUGCUUCUAUUAACCAUAGUUGUUCAUUUGUUCCUCAA